UUAGCCCCCUCCUUCUUUCUCUCUCCCCUCUCUCUCUUUCUCUCUCCCUCAUUCCCUCUCUCCCUCUCCAUGUUCACCUUGGCUGUUCCGGCUGCGUGGUUUAUUGUUGCGUCAGAGCCAGAGAGAGCCAGAGAGAAGCAUGCCAGGGGAGAGUACGUACAGAUCUGUCCCCACAGCGAGAGACCCGGAGCGGGGAGCCGAGGAGACAGGGAUUCCUGGACCAGACAUGACCAGGCAUCCCUCCACAGAUUCCACCCCAAGUGACAGUGGCUCCACCCCUAGCGACAGUGGUUCUAGCCCCUCCCCUAGCACACCUCAAAAACUGCUCCCAACAUGCACCUCUCCGUUUGGGCCGCGGCUGGUCCGAGCCAUGCCUAGUUCCUCUGCGACCCCACGACCCCAGCCCGAGGGCUCUGACCAUCGCCAUGGCAACAUUCCCAGGCUCUCUGGGAAGUUUGGGGGUCAUGGACCCUGCGGGCACCGUGUACCAGUAAAAAUGGAAAGAAUCAAGGUUCUUACAGGCUCAGAGGUGGAAAGUGACUAUAAGGAGCCAGAAACUAUGGACACAAGGGUGGUGAUGGGCCAGGAGGCGCUACUCAAAACCAUGGAGAGCCAGAAAAAGAAGCAUGUGGCUGGAAGGAGUAGCCAGACGAGCUCCAUGCUUGGAGGCCUAGUUCUGGAGGUCCCCAAGACCUCCUCAGAGUCCCAACCCAGAGUUACAGGCUCAGAGAAGUGUGAACUGGACACUGGGCAGGGUGUCCAGGACCUCACCCCACAGAUAGAACAGGAGAAGGAGGAAGACAGAGGGUCUGUACUGCCGUCGGCCCCUCUCUUGUCCCCUCUCCUCACCGCUCUCAUCCCUGCACCCCCUCCAUCCCCAGAGCCAACCACAGCUGACUUGAUAGACAGCCAGGGGGCGGGUUUGUCUCCCUCCCAGGGUGAAGUGCCUUCCCUGUCCCUUUCUGAGCUGGCCUAUCCUGUCGCUCUGUCCUUCUCCGAACCAGACUAUCCUGUAGAUCCACUAAGAGUGGGCGUGCCAUCGUCGCUGGACCCUGACCUGUACUACACCGCCCCCUCCACACCCAUCAAGAUGGCUUCUCGCUCCUCACACCUCAAACACCGCUCCUAUCCUGGCUCCCCUGCCUCCCCCCUCUCCCCCACCUCCCCCUCAGACAGUGAGGACCUAUGCUCCCCCCUCACCUCUCCCUCCGGGUCCUACAUCACAGCGGAAGGAGGCAGCUGGACCUCAUCCUACACCUCCUCCACCUCUCCCUCCACCUCCCCCAACCUGCUCCUCGCUGAAGAGGGGCAGGAUGCCCAAGAAGCGCCUGCAUGCUUUGUGGGCUCCCUGUCUGAGAUAGGAGACGAGGUGGCAGAGGAGAGGGGACAAGGAAGCGUGGCAAAGGAGGAAGAGAGGGGAGGAGAUUUCCGUCCAUUUCUGUCAGAGAGCUUUGGAAUGCGAUCGCGCCUGGGGGCGACAGAGAACGUGAUCCUGGAGGAGGAGGAGGUGCUGAGAGGGGAGGUGAUCAUGGUGUCUCAAGGCAGCUGCCGACCCCGCUGGGUUACUGAGAACUCCUCUCCACUGAGGAGCAGCAGUGGCCGGAGCAGCGACUCCCAGGAGGAAGGAGAGGAGUCUGAGGGAUCUCUCUGCCCAGGGGAAGAGGCUGGAGCUGGGGGGGUAGAGUAUCACAAGCCAAUCCUGCCAAGAGGCCUAGAGCUGGAGCUAGAGGCCUGUUUUUCCCAGGAUCUCAACUUACAGAUGAUGCAGUUAGUGGGGAAGGAUGGAGAGGACCUCCCAGAGCUGAGCUCCAGCCCUGUUACUCCACACAUGGCUUCUAGUAGUCUCUUUCCAGACUUCCCUGGCCUUCCCCUGGAAGCCUACACCUCAGAGGGUCUGGAUGGAGAGAGCCCUGGGCCCUUCCUUCUCUUCCCAGGAGCCUACAGCCACGAUGGACCAGAGGAUGAGAGGAUGAUUCCGGCCUCCCUGCUUUCCUUCCCUCUACACACCAGCUUCAUCUUCCAGGCAGACUCCAUGGAAAUCACCCUCUUCCCCACAGAGGACGAGAACAAGGGAGGAGAGGGGAACAGCAGGAACGAGGGGAACGACGUUGACGCCUACGCAGCUGGAGAGGAGGAAGGAGAUGUGGAAGAUGACGACGAUGAUGAGGAUGACAAAAAUGAUGAUGGUGAUAAAGGGGGGGCAGAGAUAGAAGUGGGGAAGGAAGCCAAAGUCGAGGUAGCAGUUAAGGAGGAAGAGGAGGAGGAAGAUGAGGAAGAGUGUGAGGGCAAAUUGGUGGAGGACCCCACAGAAGAGGACACCUCUGCCUCCUUCCUUCAUUCGCUGUCAGAGACGUCCAUCAAUGAGGGUCUGGACGAGUCCUUCUGUUUCCAUGACGAAACAGACGACUCUCUUGAUUCUGCUUCCUACAAUGGUGAGGAAGACGAGCGUCUGUACAGCACAGAGAGGCAUGCAGAAUCCCUGGAGCCCCAAGGUCCAGAUCUGCUGGACCCCACAGAACCACAACCCCAACUGCGGCCUCCCAGCCCCGCGAGAGAAGCAGAAGUUCCGCGGAGCCAACCUGAAGGUAAUAGUCCUCCAGAUCCCAGCCCAGUGGAACCUCCUCCGGCCUGUCCAGAGUCAUCCAACAGUUCCAGCAGCAGUGAGAGUGAAAUGGAGAUCUCGUCUAGCUCCUCAAACCCUCCUGUUCCUUCUGUUCUCCUCAAAUCUGCUGUCACCCCCACCUUUACCCCUGGCCCUGUUGGUCCUGUUACUGACAGUAUGUUAAUCUGUGCUAUUGCUGCUGCACCAGUUCCCACCCCUGUUCCUGACACCACGCCUUCUACUGAUACCAUCCCAGCCCUUGCUAUUUACACUACCCCGGACCCUGCUACUGACACCACAUUUGCCCCUGCUACUGAUACCAACCCUGCCCUCGCUACUGAUACCAAUUCUGCACCUGCUACUGAUACCACCCCUGCCCCUGCUACUGAUACCACCCAUGCCCCUGCCACUGAUACCACUCCUGCCCCUGCUACUGACACCACCCCUGUCCCUGCUACUGAGCCCAAGCUAGCUACAACAGAGCUAGAGGAGGAGAAGCUCUUCCAGAGUUCCAUGAAGUCACAAAGGGACAAACAGAGCACUGACAUUCAAGAGGAGGAACUCACAAACCGGACUGAAGGAGACUCUUUCACUUUGCUCAUAAAGCCACGGCCAUCUCAAUCGCACACACCAAGACAUGUUGGGGGCAGGAAACAGUUCAAGGUGACACCCGGGCCCCAGAAGUUGGCUGUGUGUGGUUUUGCAGUGGCCAUGGGGGGGUCUGGGAGGAAGGAGGACACAGAGAAGGAACUGGACCAGAAGAAUGGCAACACUCCAACAGAAAGUCAGAACCCUGAGGGUACCUUUUCCUCUGUGAGCCAGGAGGAGACCACUGCUACCAAUGACCUAAACAAGGGGGUCCCUCUCCUUUCCUACCCCAAAGACCCCACCUCUAACUCCAGCAACAUCCCAGUGUCCACCUACCCGGAGGGCCUCACUGACUUGCCUGACAACCUGGGCCUGACACCUGACCUCUGCCCUUGCGACCUGGCCCAGGAGAACUUGCGAGAGAACACUCUGAGCGCAGAGGAGGGGGGCCCCGGGGCCCUCGGCUCCCCUCAUUCUCCCAUGGCCAUCUCCCCCAAGAGGGAGAACUCGGAAACAGAUGCCGGGGGGAAAAUUGGUCUUGGGGCUGCGUCCUGGGGGUCUGAUGGGAUGGGGCUGGGGUUAGACCUGGAGUUAGGCAGGGGGCUGAGGUCUGGGGCUAGUGUUGGGGCCUGGGGAGCUGGUGAGUCCCUCUCCCUCUCUCUGGGGGAGGGAUAUGAGUUGGAUGCAGAGAGCGUGCUUCUGUGUGAGAUGGAUGGACAAAGUGGACACACACCGGUGGCUCCCAACAUCAGCACUCAAGGGAACAAUGAGGACGAUGUGUUGGGGGACGAAGAGGACAACAACAGUCUCUGUGGUCGUCCAGACAAGAUGGCAGAUGUAGAGCUGGCUGGAGAAGGGCUGGAGUCCAACCUGUCGCUCUGGAGUUCCAUCGAGGAGAUCUCGGAGGCAGGCGGAGGAGAGGAUGGAAGUUCCCGGUUUCCUGAGGAUGAUGUCAGCAACCUACAGACUCUGGACCAUGAAGGUGAUAACACUGACACACAGCCCUUGUGGAAAAAGUCUGCCAACCAUGAUUCUAUCUUCUACCCCCUGGCAAAACCCCCCUGUGUGACUCUGAAUGCCCUCUCAGAGAAGGCAAGGCCUCAGAGUGCAACUGUGAGGGAGUCCAUCUCUAACAUACCACUCACCGAGGAGCAAUCCCCACUCCCUGAUCAGCCAAGGACACCCACAAGAAGCUCAACGCUCCAAUCAGAAACAACACAGGCCUCCCCGUCCGCGGAGAGUUCCAGUAGUAUCUCACUGCCAGAGGUUGAAACCCAGAAAGACACAAGCAUGUCCAGACUAAUAGGAAGUGACAUAACCUUGUCUCUACUGGGAGGGUCUUUUGGUUCCUUCAACCCCAGAACCAGACACUCAGACUCCAGGCCAAGUAAAGGUGCUUUAGAGAAAGCUCUCCCCACUGUCAAGGACAAAGAAGAGAAUGCAAAGAUUCAGCAGCAACAGGAGGAGGAAGGACUUCAGACUGAGGGUCUCAUAGAGGGCAGAAUCAGUGGUGUGACUGACAGGGGCAUGGAUCAAACAAAAACCAGCAAAGGUGCCUUUCAAGGACAGGACAGUGGUGUUAGUACCUCAGGAGGAAAAGAGGAGGAGGAGAGAGGGACAGAGACAAGGAUGGAAGGAGGAAAGGAGAGAGGGCUCGAAGGAGGAGAGAUGACAGUUAAGCGGAAUGUCUCUCCAACUGAGAGAGAAGUGGAGCAGUCAGAACGUUGCACCCCAGAGGGUGAGCUUAGCACAGACAAACCUGUCUCAGCACAGACGGGGCGGAGAGGGAAGGACGGCAGAGCCCGAGGCAGGGAAAGGGCAGCUCAGCUGGACUGGCCAGCACAGACGAGCCCUGGGUCUGCUGAUGAACUAAAGGAAUUAUCUGUCCCAAAUAAGGCCGAAGCAGAUGGCACCCUGGCGGCUGGCAAAGCCUUCUAUAAAGCCACAGCCAAGAGGGGCAAGAAGGCCCUCCGUGAACCUGGCCCCUCACAAUUUCAACCGAGGACAUCUGUGGACUACCCCGAGGCUGAGUCAGAGAUAACAGAGGACAGCCAGCCCGGUUCUGGUGGACACUCUGCCGGUGCUGAUGACUACUUUCCAGACCUCUACCCCAGCCCCAAGUCCAAUCCUAAUCUGAAACUUGCCAAUCCUGCCCCUGUCAAAUGCAAUGCUGCUGUUUUCCUCAAACAGGAAGUACUGGAUAACAGGGCCAUAUCAGACAGCCAGACAGGAAGCAAAGACAUACAUGACAACAACUUUGGCAGUGGCCACAUCUCUUUUCCACAGCUGAGCACAGCUUCCUUUCCACCCUCACACUCUCCUCCUCCCCCUCUCCCUGUCUGUCCUCCCCCUACCUCCUCCCCUCUCGUCUCCUCCUCUUCUCCUUCUUGCUCCUCUUCCCCUCCUCCUCUCUCCUCUUCCCCUCUCCCACUCUCCUCCUCUCCCAUCUCCACCUCCACACACUCUCCAUCCUCCUCCCCGCCCCUUCUUCCGUCCUCCCCUCCCCCUCUCUCCUCCUCACCACUCUCUUCCUCUCCUCCCCCUAGCCCUCAGAAGGGGACAGAGGUGACCGUUCCCUUUCUGGUACAGGAGUCCCAGCCUCUCCACCCCUCCUCCCCUCCCCCAGCCCCACCCUCCACUGAUGCCAUACAUCUCCCUGCUCCUCCUACUUCUCUAUCAGAAUCCUCCCUACCAGACACACACCUAAACUCAUGCACCAACAUACAGGGACAACAGGGCAUCACCGAUCUUUCUACUCCCUCUAGUGCUUCCCCUAUACCUACCACACCCACCAGAAGUGUCUCUUUGCCUCUAGCUCCACCUUUAGCCCCCUCCAGCCUGACCCAGCCCACUCAGGAGCACAGGGUCCCAAACACAGUGCCUGACCUGGACCCCCAACCCCACACCUUCCUCCAGCCCUUGCCCAUGCCCCAGCUCGAGUCCCACAGGCAGACUAAACCAGGCCAGUCAUGGAGUCUGGAGGAGAGGCCCAGAGUUGAGGAGGUCACAGACAGUGAGGAUGACAGUGCUGCUCAACGACAAGGUCACAGGACUCAACCCAGAGCGAUUUUGGGAAACAGAGGCAGUUCUUAUUUAAAUAAGGAGUCUGGCUCAUCCAAUCAGAGAGAGAGCCAGCCUUCCAUCUCCCACCCACUUGCUGACAGACAGGCAGGCUGUUCAAUCAGCCACAGCUACAAGAUUUCAGAGGAGAUUGACUUGUCCUUCAAGAACAACUUGGGCUCCUGUAACGAGUCGGAGAGUGAAGGGUCAGUACCAGAGCGGGAGGAACCAGGUUGGACGCCAGUGAGACCCUCUGAGCCCCAGUCCAUGUCUGCUGCUGAGGAGGCGAUGAACAGACCCAAACAGAGCCGCAGCGAGAAGAAAGCCCGCAAGGCCAUGUCUAAGCUUGGUCUGAAGCCAGUUCACGGUAUAACCAGGAUCACCAUAAGGAAGUCUAAGAGCAUCCUGUUCGUCAUCAGCAGACCAGACGUGUUCAAAAGCCCAGCAUCUGACAUCUACAUUGUGUUUGGAGAGGCCAAGAUAGAGGACCUGUCUCAGCAGGUUCACAAGGCCGCAGCAGAGAAGUUUAAGGUGCCCGUGGCCCCUUCCCCCCUGGCUCCCCCUGCCCCCCCCAGCCUCACCAUCAAAGAGGAGAGCGAGGAGGAGGAAGAGCAGGAUGAGGGAGCUCUGGAACAGAGGGAUAUUGAGCUGGUGAUGGCUCAGGCCAAUGUGUCGCGGGCCAAAGCCGUCAAAGCUCUGAAACACAACAAGAACGACAUUGUCAAUGCUAUCAUGGAACUGACCAUGUGAGAGGAGAGGAGAACCUCCCAGCCCCACCCCUACCCAUCCAUCCAAGACUCUCAAGCCUACUCUUCUCUAUCGCUACUAUGUUGCAUCAUCAGUACCUGCUCAAUAAAAUCUGUUAUAACCA